CUCUGAAGAAGACUGAAGACUGAUACAUUCAGGGCUGUAUACCGUCACUCGCCAGCAAAGUCGUUCAUAUCUAUUACAUAUUCAUUCAUUUUGGUCUGCGUGGACCCAACCUGACCCACUGCAGGUUUGGUUCGGUCUAUACCUGGUAUCCCCUGGCUUCCAUUCCCGCUGUGCUGCGCUGUCUCGGGUACGCCUUGUCCUUGUCCAGCGUUUCCAGAACUCUUACUAGCUAGCUUGCUAGCUAACCACUCAGAUAACAUUAUAGCUAUUUAGCUAUUGGAUAGCUAUAUAGCAGGCUAUAUAAAAAGAUGACAACCACUGCCGGCGGAGAGUUUGGUAAUCCCCUGCGCAAAUUCAAGCUUGUUUUCCUGGGCGAGCAAAGCGUGGGGAAGACCUCGCUCAUCACUAGGUUUAUGUAUGACAGCUUUGAUAAUACAUAUCAGGCAACUAUUGGCAUAGAUUUUCUGUCAAAAACCAUGUAUUUGGAGGAUCGUACGGUCCGGCUCCAGCUGUGGGACACUGCAGGACAGGAGCGUUUCCGUAGCCUCAUUCCCAGCUACAUCCGCGACUCCACCAUCGCUGUGGUGGUCUAUGAUAUCACCAACCUCAACUCCUUCCAGCAAACCUCAAAGUGGAUUGAUGAUGUCAGAACGGAGAGAGGAAGUGAUGUCAUAAUCAUGCUGGUUGGGAACAAAACAGACUUGGCCGAUAAAAGGCAGAUCCCACUUGAGGCUGCUGAGAAAAAAUCUCGGGAACUCAAUGUGAUGCACAUUGAGACCAGUGCCAAGUCAGGACAUAACAUCAAACAGCUGUUCCGCCGAGUUGCUGCAGCCUUGCCUGGCAUGGACAGCACACCUGAGAAAAGCAAAGAGGACAUGAUUGACAUAAAGCUAGAGAAGCCUCCGGAACAGCCGGUCACUGAGAGCAGCUGCUCCUGCUAGUGCCCGUCUCCUUUAUUCAUCUCCAGCAGCUCGUCUCACAGUGGCCACUCGCACCAACCGCGUAACCCACGGCAUUGGCUAAAGACCCUUUCCUUUCGAUUCAGUGACUUUUUGGAGUAACCUUGUGGAUGUGCUGUUACUUAAGACAAAAAAGUAAAGUAAAAAAAAAAAAAAAAAAAGACAAACUAGCUAAAUUACAGGAUAAGUUAAAUGCAGAUAUGCUCAAAACGUUCAUCUACUACUGCAUGGCAUAUAUAGGAUUGAGACUGAGAUGGCUUCUCCCACCACACUUGAGUUCUUGCACUAUUUUGGAGCAAAAUGCGUGUUGUCUCACUUACCAUUGUUGUAUAGUUUAAGAGUACAUAUACAUGCACAUAUUGUGACAUCAGUGAAGGCCUCCGCUUUUCCAAAAGACAUGCUUUUUGUUGAGUUUGUGGUUUUUGCUUUUUUGGGGGAGUGUGUAAAGAACUGCUUUUGCAAUAGUUGUACUGAAACUAAACUAAGCUUCUGUCACUAUUUGGUCCAAUAUUUGCUUUUCUACUGUCAAACAUAAAAGGAAGCACUGGAAAAUGAAAAAUGUCAUCACUGCUGUUUGUGAAGGUCAUUGAGGGCUAAACAUCAGUUCUAAUUAUGGCCAUUUCACUGAGAUUGGCUGUAUUAAAAUGAAAUUACAGUAUAGUGUAUUACAUUAAUAGAAUAUUUAAUGUCCAUUUUGUUUUGUCAUAUGAGACAUGAUCUUAAAAAGGGCAGGCUAUAAGCAAUGUAUAUUGGAAAGUGCAUUGAGAUGCAUACUUCAGAAGAGUAUCAUUUAAGUCCGACAAGCAUAACUAGAAUAUUCUCCGGUCAUGGUUACAUCAGCGUUUUUCAGCGUGUCUUCAUUACACUAAUGCAGGGAUGCAUGACACGAUUGCAAGUUUAGUAUCCGAGAGAUCUCACAGUGAAUUCUGAAGGGCUUGCCCCCUGCAUAUGUGUAGGGUGGAGUUGCAAUGUGGAAUAUUAGACUUGGAAGAAGCCUUAGACUUUAUUUGGCAGUUUAUUCCGUGUUGUAGAAGAGGCUGUUACUAUUAGUUCUUGGAUGCAGCUCGUAAUUGUGCUAACUGGUUGGAGAAGAAAAAUGCAUAUGCAGAGUAUUUAAUGCACCACUGAAGAGUAGUACUCUGGUUUACUGGUUUAUUUUGGUUCAUUGGUAUCAAAAUAGCAUUGUUUGCUUCACCAAAUCAGUUGAAUACUUUGCUUUUGUAUGUAGAUUAAAUAUUUUCGUAAUUAUUUUCUUUGUUCUUUCGCACAACCAAUGACGGUAGCCUGACCUGGUUAUUUUGAUCACCAAAGCAUACUUGGUUUAUAAUCUCUCAAUUUGUCUAGUCAUUGUCACAAUGCAAAGCAAUGAGUCAGCGAAUGGGACCUCAGGUGAAUGGGUUUGCAGUGGGUAGGAGGCUCCACUCUGUUUAAUCCUUUUCUCACAUUCACCAUGCACACACAACCCACCAACAUACACAUGCACACCCAUUUGCUAGAGUUUCACUUGUAAUUAAAAAAAAUGUACAUAACUAUUGAUCGACCUUGUAUGAAAGAGCCCUCUACCUGGAUAGGUCACUUAUUAUUGUCACUGAAUACUCAUUCCUGUGCUAUUCUGGAGUGUGUCUGUCCAUUUGAAACAUGCUGUCGACUAGUCUUUAGCAAAGUGUGUGUGAAUAAUGUACUAUUGCUAUUGGCUGUAUAAGAACAGAAGUGUAUCACAAAAUAAAAAGUAAAAUUUCGCCAAA